AUGACCCAACGAUAUAUCUCGAAUAACCUUCCUCCCCAGAAACUCGGCUCAGAUCCCAAAGAGCUCCUCACAUAUGCUCUUGAACUCGUCGUACGACAUACGCCGCCUCGUGAAGUCUACCAUGAACGCCACCUUGGCGGUCUCUUCACUGGGUACACUGGUCUUGCUUAUUUGUUCCUUCAACUGUCCGAACUAUACCCAGAUCUGAAAAUAUCUGGCCAAGACCUGCUGUCUUGGGCGAAACGCUACCUGGAGGGAGACCGUGGAAAGUUAAUCCUAGAAAAGGGCAACUGCGGCAUCUCGUCCGAGAAACUAUCCUUCGAAGCAGCGAGAGUGUGCAUAACCAAGGAGGAUGAUCACUUGAUAGACUUCCUGAGCAAUAUGCCGGUACUUCUUGGUCCCUACACGAGCCCCCAGGAAGAUGCUUUUCCAUCAGAGAUACCCUAUGGGCGGGCAGGUGCAUUAUACAUGUUGCGUAUGGUGAAACACUGGGUUCCUAGGAGUGAGAGUCUUGUUGAAUCUCCGAUCAAGAGACUUACAGAGCGUAUCAUGGCCACUGAUGACGACGGCAGGGGUAAUUGGGAGUGGCAUGGGAAGAGGUACUUUGGAGCAGCUCAUGGUGACAUAGGUAUCAUCACACAGCUCGUUCUUUCGAACCCAUCGCUCGCUCCACAACUUACACGACGCGUGGAAAAGCUACUUGAGCUUCAAGGUCCUGACGGGAAUUGGCCGUCGAGCCUGCGGAGCCUCAAGGAGGGCAAAGGCGCAAGUCUCAUUCAGUGGUGCCAUGGUGCCCCUGGCUUCUUGUAUUCGCUGACGUCCCUGCGCCCGUAUUUUCCUGACUUGCAAGAUCGCAUCGACUCAGCCAUCGAGAAAGGUCAGAGCAUAACCUGGAGGCAUGGUCUUCUCACCAAGGAACCAUGCUUGUGCCAUGGAAUUUUUGGAAACGCAUUGGUGCUUCCCCGUGGACCUAAUCGACAACACUUCCUUGCACUGGCCACCGCUGAUGCAGUGGAGAAAGUGCGUCGACACGAUCCAGAUUUAUUCGAAUCUGCAUCUUAUGGCCACAAAGCCGCAGUCCUCAUGAAUUAUCUGCCGAGUGCCGCGUGGACAUGGGCUGUUUGCGAACAAGAGCACCCCCGGCUUAUCAUGUACAAUGAUGUGUAG